GGUGCGCCGUGCCCGGGGGAACCGCUGCCCCCUCAGCCACCCGCGCUUCAAGGUCGCUGGGUCGCGGAAAAGAAGAAGAAGAAGAAGGAGUGGGUUGUGAAGGCUCCAUGGCGCGAUGGAGGAGUGCUUGGUAGAUGCCAGUUUGCAAUGAGUCUUAAAACCUUUUGGAAGGACAACGAAGUUCUGAUUGUUACGGGAACUAGCCUGGGGUUAGUGCACUGGGGCUGGUAUUACUUGAAGUCCAGUCCUAUUUUCCAAGUGAAGACAGAGAAUUUUGUUCAAGAACCUGGGAUUGUGAUGUUCAUGAUGCAAAGUGAUUGCAAAAAUAAAGAAAAAUAGCAUUAGUACUUUGAUUUUUGGGUAAGUUGCCUAAUUAGUUAUAAUUAUGUUGUUGAGGGAGAAGAUGAAUUAAUUGAGAAUUUUCUGAUACAGCUUUGGUGUUUAACUUAAGUUCUUUCCGAGUUUUAUUCUUCUUUGCAGCUGUGUUAAUUUUUUGUUCCUACAUGGAUUUAAAAAGUGCAUCAUAAAUCUCAAAAAUUACUGCUAAAUCCCACAUGAUGGGAUCAAUUGAGGGUAUUAUCUGUCUUAAAAGAUAUUUUCAAACAAGCUCCAGUAACUUUGGGACAGCAAUGAAAAUCUUGUGACUGGAUCUAUAACAGUGUCCUUUCAGGUUGAAAACUGCCCAGAAGUAAUUGUGACAUAAUAAUAAUUGUGUACAUAGUAACAUGUUCCAUGUUAGUAGGGAUGGUGAUUACAAUAUAGCAUGAAACAAAAUUAAGUACAAGUGUAAAUACUGUAAAGUUUGCAUAGAAACUUAAAUAAAGAUUGAUUUAAGUUUUACUGUUUUAAGAACUGAAAAACUUUGUGGGCAUCUUGAGGGAAGAAACCUUUGUUUGAGUCAGAUUUCUUCAGGUUGUCUGAACAUCAAAAGCUGCUGUUUCUGCUGCAUGGCAAGCACUGCUGACUAGUUGAGCUCUUUUGUUCUUGAGUAAAAUCAGGUGGAUGUUGCAGUACUUUUGAAUUCAGUGAGGUAGGUUUAUGGUAGGCUGUUGCUUGUAGACCUGCUGGCAGCCGGAUAGACCAGUGGUCAGAAUUGAACUUAUUAACAGGUAUAAUUUAUGCACUCUCUAUGUUUGUAGUAAAAUCACAUUAGUAUAUUUUCUCAGUUAAAAGUCAUUAUAGAAUCUAUGGGCCAAUUGAGGUUCAAGGCCCAGUGCUGUGUCCUGCACUUGGUCACAAUCCCAUGCUGAGCUACAGGGAAGAGUGGCUGGAGAGAUUCCUGGGAAUGCUGGUGACAGCAGCUGAACAUGAGCCAGUGCGUGCCCAGGUUCCUGGGAAUCCUGGCCUGGACCACCAAGGGUGUGGCCAGCAGGAGCAGGGCAGUGAUUGUCCCCUGUGCUCAGCACAGGUGAGGGGCACCACCCUGUGAAGAGGACAUUGAGGUGCUGGAUGAGUCCUGAGAAGAGCAGUGCUCCUGUGAGGAGGGGCUCAGGGAGCUGGGGGCCUUCAGCCUGGAGAUAAGAAGGCUCAGGGCAACCCCAUUGCUUUCUGCAACCAUCUGGAAGGAGGCUGGGGGUCAGUCUCUUCUCCCAGGUAACAAGUGCUAGGACAAGAAGAAACAGCCUCAGGUUGCACCGGAGGAGGUUUGGGUUGGAUAUUAGAAAACCCUUUCUUCACAUAAAGGGUUGUCAAGCACUGGCACAGGCUUCCCAAGGAGGUGGCUGAGUCACCAUUCCUGGAGGUCUUUAAUGCAUGCAUAGAUGUAGCACUUGGGGACGUGGCUCAGUGGUGGCUUGGCAGUGCUGGGGUAACAGCAGGACUCAACUUUAAAGAUCUUUUCCAACCUGAAUGAUUUUUUGCUUUGAUUUUUUUUUUUAUUUUUUAUCUUUUUUUUUUUUUUUUUUUGGUGAAAACUGAAAUAGUUAAAGCUAUACAAAAUUCUCAUAAGAUUAUUCUAAUAUCUUUCUGGGUUUUUUUUGUAGGUAUAACU